AUGGCGAUUCUUGAAAAUGCUUCUUAUAUCUAUAGGGGUUGGAUGAUAGCUAUAGAUAGAUGGAGUAGAAUGAGGCACCCCAAUUUUCUAAGGCAUAUUCCUUUUUGGGUGAAAAUUGACAAGCUUCCAGAAGUCUUUAGGCGUAUAAGUAUUGUUGAAAGCAUUGGGUCGAUGAUGGGUCAUGUUGAUGAAGUUCGGAUUGUGGAACCAGUUCUGCAAUUAGAUCGACCAGCUGAAGUUUGGGUUAAAGUAGACAUGGAUAUUGAUAGUUAA